AUGGCUUCUAAAUUUCCCAAUGAUUGCAUUUACGAUAUUUUUGAAAAUUUGGGCAAAAAACCUUUACGUUCAUGCUUACUAGUUAGUCGUUUUUGGUGUGAAGUCUCUGUUAGACUUUUAUGGAGAGAAUUUUUUAGGGUUUACCCUAAAUUAUAUUUAUCAACACGAUACCUUAGCAUAUUAGUUGCGUGCCUUCCUAAGGAGUCGAAGAACCUUUUACAUGAAAAAAAGAUUUUUCUCCCAACUUCAACAUCAAAACCUCCACUCUUUAAUUAUUUAUCAUACUGUAAGGUUCUCUCCAUUAAUAGUCUCGAUCAAAUAAUUUUUGAUGUUCUCACGAGUCCACCACACAAAACUUUACAAGAACAAGACUUAAACAACAAUUUACGGCUAGUAUCGAAAGUAAUAUUGAAAGAGUUCUUUAGACAAGCACCUCAUUUAAAAGAAUUGUUGUAUUGUUAUUAUUCAACGGGUGCGGAAUUAACUUUUUCCAAUCUUGCUUUUCCCGAAGCCAUGGUAAGUUUUGCGGACCUUUCAAUAUUAACCUGUAGUUCAGGAAUUCCCUCGGAAUUUUUUUAUCAGUUAACUCAAGUGUGUUCUAAUUUACAAUCACUUGAGAUAAUAUUUGAUAUGUCAAUUUCGGAUAAUUUAAAAGAGUUAAUUAUCGCGCAAAAGAAUUUAAAAAACAUCACAAUAAGAAAUAAUACCGAAGUCGAGAUGAAAUCUCUUAUACCUUCCUUGGCGAAGCAUUCAAACACCAUCGUCAAUUUAAAAAUCUACGAAGCCUAUGUCAGUUAUCCAAUGUCCUCUAUUGCUGCAUUCACCAACUUACAAGAACUCACCGUUUCACGUAUCGGCAUAUCCACCAUAAUACCAGAUGUCAUAUAUCCACGAUUACAAAGCUUAAACUUGGAUGGUUGCAAUUUACCAUCAAUUAAAUUCUUGGAAAAUAAUGGGAAGAAUUUACGAGAUUUGCAUAUCUUUGAAUCUGAUGAUUCUUUAAAUUUUGCGAUAGCUAGAUUUUGCCCAAAUCUUAGAUCAUUAUUUCUCAAAUUUAAGAGCAACCCUACCGGAUUAGAAGCUUUGAAAAUUCUUUUGUCCAGUUGCUUACAAUUGGAAGAAAUUAAAGUCUAUUGCGGUGGUAAUUACUUAAAUGAAGACGAUAUAUUAGUUGCCGUUGCAUCUUAUUCGCCUAAAAAUCUUUAUCAGUUACAUAUACGUUACGAUGAUGAAUUGAAAAGGGAAUUAUCUCUGGUCGUAUUGGAGGGAUUUUUUACAACUUGGAUGAAUCGUAUGCCACAAAAAAUACUUUCUCUUAUUAUUGAAGGGUUUUAUUGCCCACGUAAGCGUAAUAUGGUAGCUAACCUUGAAACUUUAAAAAUUUUAAUGAAAUACAAUAUUGCGGAAGUUGAAUUUUCCGGGAAAAGAUCAAUCUAUAUUCCAAGUGCUAGAUAUGCAACGUCGAGUGUUUUGGUUGAGAAUCGAUUGUAUUUCAUGGGAGGGUGGGGACAAGAACCCGAUGGAUCAUGGAAUUGCCAAAAUGAUAUGUUUUAUCUAGAUUUAUCCAAUCCACUCAACAUGUCAUCAAUAGUUGAAUUGAAAUUUAAAGUAUCAACAGCCCUGCCGGUAAGGAUUUGUUGGGCAUCAUCAUCUCUAGCGGAAGGGGGGAAAAAGAUUUACAUUUUUGGUGGAAUCAUAUUGGAAUCAAUUAGCAAAGAAUCAAAUGAAAGUUCAUCAAUAUAUUCGUUUGAUAUUAAUGCACAAAAAUGGAGUGCACCAAAGAUAAAAGGAAUUGCUCCAGAAAGUCGACAACAUUUUCAAAUGGUUCCUGACAAUAAGAAUAACUAUUUAUACAUUUUUGGCGGAUCAACAGGAGAAAUUACUAAAAAUGUUAAAUGGCUUAAUGAUAUGAACGUGUUAAACACCAAUGAACAAUAUUGGCAGAAUAUGAUGAUUCUAGGUUCGAAAGAGAUCAUCAUUCCACCUUUUAUGGCUGAUUUCACUGCUACCAUGUUAUCGAGUGGCGAAAUUGUUUAUAUUGGUGGGCGACAAUCCACUUCUCCAAACGAUGUGUCCUACAUUUUAGCCAAGAUGAAUGUGAUUUAUGUUUUCAAUACAAAGUCAUCCAGUUGGAAUGUCAUCAAUGCUGGUGGUAAUGCUCCCAAUUCACGUAUUGGACAUUCGGCGGUUUUAGCUUCAAAUAACAGAAUUAUCGUAUACGGAGGGACGAGUGAAGAUCUGAAAAAUCCCGCAACACCCGACCUAGCGAUUCUCGAUGUUAAUCUAAUGCCUUAUCAAUGGAUAUCACCAAAUGUCACCAAAGGCUCACCACCGUCUCGAUCAUUUCAUUCAGCGGCAAUGGUCCAAAAUCUCAUGUUCGUCGCAUUUGGUAACGUAACGACGAAUUCAAUUUACAUCUUGGACGUCAGCGAUAACACAAAUUUCCGUUGGUCGUCAUCAUAUAUAAAAUCGAAUCAAACACCAGACGCCACACAGGGAUUACAGGAAAUUCCUUCCGAGACGCCAUUAAACGAAAGUCUAUUCACACAAAACAUGGCCCUCAUCUUGGGUGCCAGUAUUGGUGGCUUGAUUAGUUUUAUCAUCCUUGCUAGUAUCGGUGUUUUAAUAUACAAAAAAUGGAGGAAUUAUCAAAAGAUCAUCGGGAGAAAUAGACAAUACCUUGAAGAAAUUCCAUCCACGCAAAAUUCCAACAAUUGA